AUGCUUCCAAUCACCCGGAGACUUACGACGGCACCUCUCAAAGGAAUCCGUUUGGGAUUUAGAUUCAAGAAUACAGCAGCAUAUGAUAGCGCGAUCCAAGCCCUUAGACAGGACCUGAAAACUAGCAUCCGCAUGAAAGCAGACGUCUUUGAAAGAAACGUGAUCAAAAGUAUCCUGACAGAGGUCAAGAACCUUGAAGUUGCCAAUGCCGGGAAAGAUCAAGAUGAAUUCCAGCUAUACGAUCUGCUGGCAAAGAUGGUCAACCAGCGGAAGAAAACUGCUGAAGAGUACUUGAAGGAAGGUGCGCCCGAUCGGUUUCAACAAAUGGGGUUGAACGAGCUCAGAGAAAUUCCAUACAUUGAAAAGUAUAUGAGGGAGCUUCCAGUAGCUUCAGAGAGCGAGAUUGAGGCCAGAGUGGAAGCAAUUGCCAAAGAGUUGCAGAAAGAUGAAGGGCUAAGUAGUCCAAAGGCAUUGUUUGGCAAGAUCCCCUGGAAAUCUAUCCAAGAAGAUUGGCACGCUUCUAGAGCAGCAGUUUCUGCCGUCAUUCCCAAAGUUUACGAAAAAUUGGCGUAA